AUGACCACUUCCUGGGGGGGGUGGAAGGACACGCCCAGCCCUUGGUUUUGUCGGGACCCGGAAUCAGAUGAUGGGGGGGCCCUGCAUGCCCCUGGCUCCGUCAUACAGAAGGAAAAUAACAAGAAUGACAAGAAGAUCCUGGAACUCAUGUCCAACAUCAUCCAGCUGCUGACUGGAGAGGUUGCCAUAAGGACUCAUCAUGUUUCCAUCUAUUUUUCCUUGGACGAGUGGGACUAUAUAAAAGGAAACAAGGACCUUUAUGAGGAAGAAAUGAAGGAGGAGCCACAGCAGCUCCACCCACUGGACGGUGAAUAUGAAGAUAAGAGAGAUAUUCCAGCUGAUCUGGGAGGAACAUCAUGUUAUAAUAAUGAGCCAAGCAAGAUUGGGGCUGAAGGAGCAGAGUUUUAUGGCGACGGAAAUCUCACAAACCUUGAAAUGUCUCCGGCGGAACAGCCCCCACCAGCCAAUGGAAUUAAAGAAGAAGAGAUUUCAUGGGAAGGGAGAAACCAAUCAGAUUGCAGCAUUAAUCCAGUUACAGAACAGAUACAGGGAACAGAUACACCUACUCCUAUCAUGGGAUGCAGAAUGAAUAACAGCUCGGCAUGUAAUAUAAAAGAGGAAAUGGAUUCAUGGGAAGGAAGAGACCAAUCAGAUUGCAGCAUUAAUCCACUUAAAGAACAGGGAACAGAUAAAGCUACUCCUAUCAUGGGAUGCAGCCUGGCAGCCAAUUACAAAUCAGAUAAUAUAGAAGAGGAGGGGGCGUCAUGUGAAGAAGAGCAUCUCUCUGAUUACAAGAUUAUUACUGUUUCUGAACCAGAACAGGAAACCGACACAGCUUCUGUUAUCAUGGGCUGCAGCUCUAAUAACUUCUUGUCGCCUAAUUAUAUAUCUGUUAUAAUUGCAGAGGAGCCAGUUAGAUGGGAAGAGAGAAACCAAUCAGAUUGCAGCAUUAAUCCACUUACAGAACAGAUACAGGUAACAGAUACACCUACUCCUAUCAUGGGAAGUGACUUCAGUAACAGAGUGUCACAAGGUUAUUGCCACGCGCAGGAUUUGUGUAGGAAUUCUGAUCUCAGUAACCAUGAGGGAACUCUGAACACUGAAGAGAAAGUCUUUUCUUGUCCUUCCUGCCAGAAAUAUUUUAAAUCUGAGUCAGACCUUAUUGAUCACCAGAAACUCCAUGCGGGGGAGAAACCAUUCUCUUGUUUUAUUUGCGGGAAAAGCUUUAGUCGUCGCUCGGUGCUCGCUGUGCAUCAGAGAACCCACACAGGGGAGAAACCUCACGCCUGCUCAGAGUGUGGCAAGACUUUUGCUCAUCAGUCGGAUCUUAACAGACAUCAAAAGAGCCACACGGGCUACAAACCAUUUUCUUGUCUUGACUGUGGGAAAUGCUUCACACGCCGCUGGUACCUGAAUGUGCAUCGGAAAAUCCACACAAAGGAGAAACAAUUUACUUGUUCUGAGUGCGGCAAAGGCUUCACUCAGCUCUCCAACCUCAAUGUUCAUUACAGGAUUCACACAGGAGAACAGCAGUAUAUUUGUUCAGCUUGUGGCCAGUGUUUCCAGAAUUGCUUGGCCCUUAUUGAACAUCAGAGAAGCCACACGGGCCAAACAGCAUUCUUGCCGUAACCUCGGGAGAUAUUUCAGCCACUCAGGAAAGAAGCCAUUCUCUUGUUUUAUAAAGGACAUAAACUUCUGAACAAGAGGCUGUAAAUGAAUGGGACUUCUUUCUGCUGCUUCUGUAUUUUAAUAAGGGCAGUCGAACCUGAAUUUAUCAGAUUUUCUCAUCUAGUAUUUAUCAAUGAACUUGCAUUAACUGUGUCCUGAUAAAGCCCUGCUGUCCCUUCUUCUUCUGCAUUUGGAAUUACAGUAGGUAUGGGUGGCCAAAAGUGAUUCUACAGUUUCCCAUAGGGAUUAGGCACAUGAUUCAAAUUCUAGCAGAGCUCUAACAAAGCCUGAGUGUCUGACCAAACCGAAUAUGAACUCUUUGAAUAUGAACUCUGAAUAUGAACUCUUUGACCACUGGCCAAAUAAAGUUGAUAUUUUUGUAUCAUGUGCUGCAC